CUCGCCACUAGUGUUUCGCGAUCGUGUGGCCUAUUUCUGAUUUGGCUAGCAUUCUGUGUACACCCUCACAAAGAAACUUUCACUAUAUUACAUCACUCAUUCACUAACUUUUCUCAUUCUUCAAUCAUCAUCUUCAUCAUUGUCAUCAUCAAAUGUCAUCAUCUCAUUCAAGAUUUCUACCUCUUCUUCUGUUCAACUCUUUCCAUCUGUUCAUCUAUCACAUUGUACAUGUUCCUGGCAAUGACUCCCUGUUCUCACAGCAAGUGUCAUUGUAGUGCUCAUACUGAGCAGUUCAUUAGCAAAUCUUCACAUGUUGACAGAUUCAUGUCUGCUGAUGAUAGUGAACCUGAUGUUGUAUUCUUGAUCAAGAACUUGAAGAAUGUGAUAAUGAAGAAAUUGUUCAUGUCAUGUGUGACUGAGUCUUCUGUGUCCUCCCUUGCCUCUUCUGUCACUUCUUUCUCUGCUGCUUCCUUCUCUGUCCCUUUCUCUGCCACUUCUCAAUCUCCUACACUUGCCCCUGUGUCUGGUUCUCCUACUCCCGCUACCCCUGUUCCCGCGACCCCUGGUUUUACCGCCUCUGCUUUUGUUACUAGCUCUCCCUGUUUUAAGAAGAUGUUGUAUAUCAAGAAACUUUUUAUAACUGUAAAGUUCAACAUCACAGAGAUAUCUGCUCUGACAAAUUCCUUUGAGAUGAUUGAUCUGUAUUGGCCUAUCCUCUGGUGUCUGUUGUCUGACUUUGUGAUGCAGGUGAAAGAUAUCUGUGUUUUCAGAAAUGAGAAUGCAGAUGUCAUACUCUUUUACACCUGUGAGUGUGAGGCUUGUACACCUUGUCUGAGAUGUUGUUGUGAGAAUGAGCUGUUUGCAUGCUGUGUUCUGCUUUCUGCAUUCCUCUGUGUCCCUCUCUCUCUUUCUGAGAAGCCUUGUGCAUGUUUUGCUCCAGCGCCAGAGGCCAUUUUAAUUGAAGAUGAUAACAUCACUGAGACUACUCUCUUCUGUCUCUAA